GCGGCUGCAAGUGAAAUGGCAGAUGCAUGUGUCACUCCGUCAGACGGGAACAGGAAGACAUCCUGUUGAUGCCAAGCCGUUUUGAGUUCAGUUCAAAGAACUGAUCCCUUCAAAAAGUGUGCACCGUCCUCCUCUCCCCUGACGCAGUUUCAGGUAAAAACAAUACCUGACAAUGUCGAGCAAAACAGCAAGCACCAACAACAUCGCCCAGGCAAGGAGAACUGUGCAGCAGUUGAGAAUGGAAGCCUCCAUUGAGAGAAUAAAGGUCUCAAAGGCAUCGGCGGACCUCAUGUCCUACUGUGAGGAGCACGCCAGGAGCGACCCUUUGCUGAUCGGGAUACCAACCUCAGAAAACCCUUUCAAGGAUAAAAAAACUUGCAUCAUCUUAUAGAGGAACAUGGAAACCGUCCCUCGCCUCUUCUCAACAAAGCAAAUUAUGAGCAGCUCCUUGGAAGACAUUUACCUUCAGCUUAUUUGGUAACCACUGCUAAUAACUAAAAUACUCUAACUUGGAA